GAAAACCCUUAAGAUCCAAAAUGAGACUAGAUCAAGACUCCUCGAUAUUAGUGUCUAAGAAGUCUGAAUCGGAAGGAGCAUUUGAGGCCAGUGAAACAGAAAAAGAAGAAGAUGAUUCCUCAGAAGACUUUUCUCAAGGGUCCUUUGGGGACAUCAUAAUGAAUGAGGCUGGUGGAAAGCGGGAAGAGGACUUCAGAGACUCUGUUCCCAACUCCUAUCAGUCCGUGUUUAGGGAGAUUCUCAAUGAGAUAACUACUCGCAAUGAAUUAGAAGAAGGCUUGGACAUCUCUCUGAAUAAACUGUUGGAGGGUGAAAAGAGAAAGAAGCUGGGAAUCUUGUUGAAGAAAAAUUUUGAAAGAUACAAAGAAACAAUUUUAUGGGCUCUGAAAAAACGUGAAGGUCAGAAGCCAACAGAGAUCACCUUCACCUAUCAUGUGUCAGUGUGGAAGCAGCCCUUGGAGCCUGAACCAGAAAAAGAGAAAAAAAAGCAUAGUUCUGCCAGUCCUGCUCAUUUUCAGAAAAAACUGGACCUAGAUGCAGAAUGGACACAGGAGAAGAUGAAGGUGCAUCAAGGUGAUGGCAAAUUAAUUCUCUACCCAAGUAGGAAUAUCUUCCAAAUUUGUUUUCCUAAUGGGACCGGCCAAAUACACUAUCCAUCAGGGAACCUGGCUAUGCUCAUCUCCUGCACAGAAGUUUCAAAGGUCACAUACAUUGUUCUGGAAGACAGUAUCAAGAAAAAGAUCCGGGGCCUCGUCAACAACUCUGGCCAUGCCACCUUCUAUGAUGAAGGUGGAGCGAUCUGGGUGAAUCUGAGCAAAAUAUUGGGCUACUACUUCCCCAAAGACAAACACCAAAAAGCCUGGAACUGGUGGAAUCUGAACCUCCAUGUCCAUGCACCCCCUAUCAAGUGUCUCACCUUGAAACUCAACAAGUACAUCCAGAUCCAAAUAAGAAGCCAGGACAAGGUCAUCUUCAGCUUCUUACCCCCAAAACAAAGGCAGGUUCACUUAAACCUGGGCACCAAAUUCAAGUUUAUAAACUCGAAAGUACUAAAAGCCAUGAGGAAGAAAACUGUCCUGGAGAUAGACCCCUACCCAACAUCUUGGAAGAUCCAAAUCCUUCUGGGAAAAAUAAGUCAAAUCCUGAAUGACCUGACCAUCUCUGACUUGGAAGACUUCACAAGGACCACCGAGUUGACACUCAAGUACAUCAGGGCAAAACGAUCACAGAUCUGA